AUUGGCCCCAGGAAACCCCAGCCUGUCAGCACCUGUUCCAGGAUCCAGUUCCCAGCGCAGUAUGGCAUCCACACUGCCUGUCCAGACCUUGCCCCUGAUCCUGAUUCUGCUGGCUGUCCUGGCUCCGGGGACUGCAGACUUCAACAUCUCAAGCCUCUCUGGUCUGCUGUCUCCGGCGCUAACAGAAAGCCUGUUAAUUGCCUUGCCCCCAUGUCACCUCACGGGAGGUAAUGCCACAUUGAUGGUCCGGAGAGCCAACGACAGCAAAGUGGUUAAGUCAGACUUUGUGGUGCCUCCAUGUCGCGGGCGCAGGGAGCUUGUGAGCGUGGUGGACAGUGGGUCUGGCUACACCGUCACAAGGCUCAGCGCAUAUCAGGUGACAAACCUAACACCAGGAACCAAAUACUACAUAUCCUACCGAGUACAGAAGGGGACAUCCACCGAGUCCAGUCCAGAGACUCCCAUGUCCACGCUUCCUCGAAAAAACAUGGAGUCUAUUGGGUUAGGAAUGGCCCGGACAGGAGGGAUGGUGGUCAUCACAGUGCUGCUGUCUGUGGCCAUGUUCCUGUUGGUCGUGGGUCUUAUUGUUGCCCUGGCACUGGGUGCCCGCAAAUGAGAAGGGCUCUCCUGCAUCCCAGGCUCCUCCAAGAAGUCCAGCCUGCCUCCUGCCAGGCUGUAGUCACUGGCUUCUCAGUGGCUUUUCUUCCCUCUCCCCGCCCCCUCCUCGAGUCCACUCCUGACAGUGCCCCCUCCCUGCUCCCUGUCUCACCUUGCAGCACUCCCUGCUAGCCCCACUGCAAUCCUGCCAACACUGAUUUAUCUCUUAACUGUACUUAAUUCUCACAAUAAAGGCUGACCCACGUAGUAUGUCUCA